AUGGAUCUUGGCCUCAGCUUCUUCAUAAUGAGAGAGAAAGAUUGUUUUUCUCUCACAGAUCCAGUCCAGGGCUCAGGGGAAAAACAAGAAAUACCGCAAAAUUUAACGUCUGACCAAAAACCACUUGAGACUGGCCCAGAAAGCGAUGAGCAGCGAAAUGAGAGAACCGCCCAAGAGAAACGAGUACGAUGGAAAGUCGAUCUGCGCCUAUGCAGCAUUGCAGGACUCCUAUGCAGUCUCAAUCUACUAGAUUCCGGGAUUUUAUCCUCCGCAUCUGUAACAAGCAUGCUCUCCGAUCUCGAUCUGAAUCAGGGCAACCGAUACUCAGUCUCUAUAUUCAUUUUCACGAUCGCCAAUGUAGCAUUUCAGCUACCGUGCACACUAGCCGUGCGCUUCGUCGGACCACGCGUCUGGUUCGCCACGAUAACAUUUCUCUUCGGGCUGCUGACAAUGUGCACCGCUUUCAUUCACAGCUGGCGCCAAAUGAUUGCCCUGCGUGUGCUACUGGGCAUUUCAAUGUCCGGAAUUUAUCCCGGCCUGACAUACCUGAUCAGUAUCUGGUAUCCGCGACAAGAGCAGCAGCUCCGAUUUGCGCUCCUGCAAUCUGGGGAGGUCCUCGUAUUCGCAACGGGGAACAUCGUCAAUUUCGGUCUAAAUCAUUUGGACGGUAAGGCUGGGUUGGCAGGAUGGCGCUGGAUGUACCUUGUCCAGGGUCUUAUUACCUGCUUCUUGGGAAUCAUCACUUAUUGGUGGAUGGUCGAUUUUCCAGAAAAUGCACAGCGCAGUUUCCGCUUUCUAUCGGAUCGGGAGGCUCGUAUCGCGGCACGCCGAAUCCAAGAUGAUCGUGCCGAUCUUAUUCCUGAGCCGUUCUCUUGGGGGGUUCUGUUGGCUAACUUUAAAGAUCUGAAGAUCUACGGAUUCGCAUGCAUGUUCUUCUUGCUCAAUCUCAUAACGACCGCCCUGGCGUAUUUCCUGCCCAUAAUCCUGCAAUCCGGAAUGGGGUUCGAUUCAAAUACAUCCAUAAUCCUCGCCACACCUCCAUACUAUUACGCCGUACUCCCUGUCGUUCUGACCUCAUUCAUUGGAGAUCGAUACCGCACUCGCGGGCCACUGAUCAUCUUCAAUGCUCUGGUGCUCAUAGCUGGAUUCCUGAUGUUUGGCCUACCCGCAUCCACACAAGUAGCUGUGCGGUAUAUCGGCACUUUUUUAGCAACCGGUGCCUACGUAUCAAACUGGGCCGCCCUCAAUGCUUUCCAGGCUAACAAUAUCGUUGGUCAGUGGAAGCGAGUUGCCACCGCGGCUACUGUCACUGCUUUCAAUGGAUUAGGUGGUGUUGCAGGUAGCUAUAUUGUGCGCCAGCAGGAGGCACCACGAUACUUGACUGCUGUUUGGGUGUCGAUUGGUUCUCAUUGUCUCCUCAUCGCAAUUGUGAUUGCGUUCACAGCUUACUUUUGGUUUGCCAAUCGCCAGCAGGCAUGUGGUAGAAAAACCCUCGAGGGAUUGGUAUGUUCUGUACAUAUUAGAUUGCUAGAUGAGCAUAGCUAA